AUGAAGCUGCUCAGCCAGCUGGCCUUCAAGUUUCCCAUGUCGAUGCUGGCCUGCUUUGGCUCCCAUACCGAAGCGAUUCGCGACCAGUUCCUCUUUCGCCUGGAGGCCGUCACGGAGGACAUUAACUUCAAGAUCGCCCUGCUCAACUUUCUCUCCAUCUGCGUGGAGCACCAGCCCGGCCUGGUGGAGAUGUUCCUCAGCGUGUCCGACCACCAGAGCGGCGUACUUAGCUCCAUUCUGGAGAUUCUCGAGGAGAAGCUGGAGGGCGUGUACUUCUGUCCCUUUGAGCUGCACCAGGCGUCGCUGCAGUUUAUCGCCAAGUUCUGGCUCCGGCCGAACAUCAUCGCCAUCAAUCUGCUGAAGGAGAACGGCAAAUUCUGGAAGCUGAUCACCUUUCCGCUCUUUACCGGCGGGGAGAAGAAGUUCAACGACUCACUGUGCAGUUACAUUCUGAAGAUUUUGUCGCGUGAAAUGUUCUACUCGAAGAUGCUUGAGAAAGACACGCCGAAUAACGAGCUGGAGGCGAUUUUUAAGCGAAUUCAAAGUGAAUCGAUCAUUGAAAAGCUGUCCACACACAUUCACACUCAGAUUAUCGAGCCACGGCAAAUUGACGACAGCACACUGGCGCUGAUCGACGCCUGGAGGGACUUUCUCUCCUCAUGGACUAUGUUUAAGCAGAUGACAUCUGACUCGCUGAGCAGUACCAUAGUCAAUGGCCUACUGGAAAAUCUGUCGGCCCUUCUCGGCAGCAACACCAACGGAGCCUACACCAAGAUCGUCAACAAGCUCUCUAACCUCCUCCUUCUCAUCACCUCCAAUUGGAAGCCGAGCGUCGUGGAGUCGCUGAAGAAGACCGACUUUGCGGACAACAUCGUCCAGCUCUUUGGCGCCGUCCUCCAGAACAAGGACGUCAUCUCCUUCAAUGCCCUCGUGUCACUCAGCUCGUGUCUGCUGAAGGUCCUGCUGUGCUUUCCUGAGAUGAACCAGCUGAAUCGGCUCUUUCACCACGUGGUCCAACUUCUGAACAGCUGCAUUCAGCUGAUGAACAAGCAGCUGGCCACGUCGGCGAAGGCGGUGUCAUGCCAGGGGACGCCCACCACACCAAAUUUGAGCCUGGAGAAGAAGCUGAUCCACGUCCACCUCUCCAUUGUCAUUCACAUGCUGGCGAAUGUGAAGCAGCAGCCGCAGCAGCAUCAGCAGCACAUUGGCAAGUACCUGGACGUGCUGCGCAAGUACGAGAUCACCGAGAUGGUCUUCAACCUGCUCGUCUACCUCCUCCACAACAGCGCCCACCUCGACCUGGCGCAGGCCCUGCCGCUGCUCUUCGUCGCUGUGUCGCGCCACGAGGCGGGCGCCGAGCUGCUGCACAGCCAAAAUGUGGUCAACAAUCUGGCCAUCUACUUUCGCCUGCCGGCGCAGCUCUUUGGCCAGCAGCAGCAGCAGCAGCAGCAACUGCAAGGCGCCGCCAGGCGACCGAACGCCGCCCCCGUCGUCGUCGUGGACGCCGUCGAGCUCGCCUACAUCUCGCAGAUCUUCUCCCUCUUCAUCCGCACGGUGAUCAACAUGACCAGCCACCUGAAGCACCACUUUGUCGAGUCGGCCAUCUCCUUCGUGGCCAUCUACUCCGACUCGCUGCGCGAACUCUGCACCAGCUUCCGCCAGGGCCGGCGGCUGAAGCACGCCAGUCUGGUGCUGCUCACCGUGUCGCUCUGCAGCUCGCUCUCCAGGUACAUCAAGGUCUGGGCGAAGUCGCACGACAGCUCGCUGCGGCUGGUGGCCGAGCAGAUUCUGCUCACCAGCAACUCGGUCAUUGCCUUUGUCAUGCGGCCGGCGCUGCUCUCGGCGGACGAGUUUGGUGCCGCUGUUGUCGGAGGCCAGAGCACAGCAGCAUCUGCUGGUCAUGUUAGCUUUCACUUGGGCGGCGGUGGAAGACAACAACAGCAGCAGCAGCAGGAGCUGCCAAGUAGCUCGCAGAGUGUGCUGCUGAAAAUUCUGCUGCACAGCUUUAAGUUCAUCACCGACCUCGCGCCGGACUUGUUUGAUCUCUUUGAGGCGGAAAGUGGUGAUGACGUCACUGGUGGUGGUGGUGGUGGUGGUGGUAGCAGUGGCGGUGGCGAUCAACUGCUGCUCUCCACCAACUUUUCCCUGCCUAAUGCCGACUCCCUGGAAGUGCUCACUUUUGGCUCAUUAGUGAACUUUAUCAACUUCGACAUUAAAUCCAUCUACAAACUGGAGAAGGACUCGAUCGUGCAGCUGCGCGAUCAACGUGCCGCGGCAAUUAAUGAGAAGAUCAACUUGGACAUUGCACUGCUCGAGUACUCGCUGACGAUUCUCCUCAAUCAGACGCUGACGGCGAAGAACUCCUCGAAGAUCAACCAAAUGGACAAGCAGAUAUUCUUCAGGGAGAUUAACAAUGAAAUG